GCGGUGUUAUUAUAAGCGCCUAUAGAGAUCUGUAAGCUUUUGCAGCACAUUCCCAUGAGGCAUCGCCGAUUCGUAACAAAACAUAUAUCCAUGGUUUCAUCAACGGGCUGUGGAUGGUCUUCCCUUGGACCCACGACCGACCAACAAGGCUAUGGACUAUCAUCCAAGGAUCAUAUAUCAAAGAUUUUGAAAGUCAUGAUCUGAAUGACUGGGUUCUUUGUUACAACUCCAGCUGAGAUGAUCAUCGCCCACAAAUGCCUCGUUAUAUCAGCAGCAAGUCAAUCACCCCAGUGCCCACUUGCCGCUUCUCAAAAUUAGCAAAAACAGUGGUUUGACAAUAUGGAGCUUACGUUACAGCUCAUGCCCAGUCCGAGUCAUUCCUUUCUGCCCAGUGAAGCAAUCAAGGAUAUUUCCGUUAACAGCUCGUCAACGACCAAUCUACUACCUGUGAAGGCAUUCAUUGCGCUUCAACUCUCUGGUGGGAUGGGAAUGCUUCUUCUCCUUGUAACCGCCCUCGCUUCUCGCACGCAGUUCGCCCGACGAUUGACCCACGGUUGCACCGUGACGGUCUCGAACGAACCAAUCCAUCGUUCUCGGACGUGGUACAGCUUCUGUAUAUCCUGGGUCAUAUCAUGUUUCUCCUAUUGUCUCUUAUUUUUCGCUAUGGAGCAGUUCAAUCCAAAUGAGAAACCUACCUUUGGGCUUUGUUUGACGCAGGCUGCAUUGAUUUAUUCCAGCCCCCCUCUAACUGGGGCAACAACAUUUGCCCUCCUUCUAGAUGUAUGGUUAAUGUUCCGUACCGCCGCCUUAGGAAAGUGGUUUGGUGGACGGAAGGUCACAAAUUCACUUUUGUUGGCGCCAUAUAUUCUCUGGGUCAUCUUGACAAUUGGAUUUCUCAUUGCCGGUGGAGUUGAACCUCAUCUAGUCCAGCGGGACUUAGCCAUAGAUCCCUACUGCAUCUUGGAUAACCCUGUCCCUAGUCCCAUUUUGGUUUGCUCUCUAACUCUUGCCUUCGCUUUGGCUGUUAUGGUCGUAUUGAUUGUUUUGGUUGUCACUAUGCGUAAACAAGCCACCCGGAGCUCUUCUCAUCCUUCCAGUGCCUUUAUACCCUCCCAAAGCGAGCAUGAUGGUGAUUAUCAUAAGGGCAAGAGUUCCUGCAGUAGGAACAAGGAACAAAUGUCAGCUCUUAUCGUUCGUCUCAUAGUGUUUGGUUUAGCAGGACUGAUUGCAGUAACGAUAUCUGUUGUAUUUGUUUUAAAUAGAGCUGCAGGCUCCCGAGCAGAUCUAGCAUUGGCCACCCUUCCUCCGAUCGGAGUGGUGAUAUUUGGGAGCCAAACUAAAACUCACACCCUUCUUUCUCAGGACUUUGUCCAGCUGUGGUUCAACCUCAUUCGAUGGCUUUUCCGGUGCUGUAUGCAUAGAACUCAACAUUCUUCGGAUAACAGCACUGUGACCAAGGGAAAAAGUUUUCAGGAGUACCAAACCCGACAACAAAGUGAGGAAUGUGUAGUGAUAGAAAUGGAUAUAGGGCCCAACUUUAACAAUUUUGGAACUGGAAACACUCUUCAACAAGAUGAAGAACAGAUCAUGAUAUCACCCAGGAGAGCUGUAAUCUUUCGAGAGA